CAUAAGUUUUAUUGCACAGUGGGGAAAACAUUUAACUGUUCAUGAAGCAGAUGGCCUGAGGAAAUAGUUUUGUUAUCAUCAGUGAUAUACAUAGUUUCUUCAUCAGCUUAAUGUUGUCUGAUCUCUUAAUCAGGACAGUAGAGCAGAUGUUAUCAUCAGUCUGACUGACAGCAGGGCGAGCCAAUCAGCACGCGCUGUGGGUGUGCUCAUUAGCAUAAGUGGGUGUGGUCACGUUUGCGUUCGGAGCUCCAGAGCUGCUGCUGAACAUCUUCAUCACGGGUCUGGUCUUAUCCUCAUCCUCAUCUGCUCUGGAUUACUGCAUCAGCACGCGCCGCGGAGCUCACCGAGUCAAAGAGCAUAAAGCAGAGAACCAGAGAGCCAAUCAGAGCAGCAGGGGGCCAGUGCGGCUCCGCCCCUCGAUAACCAGCUUCCUCCUGCCGCCGCCCACAGCACACCUGUGAGGAAAGAGCAGGGCGGUGGAGCCGAGGACGACGGCACGUCACACUGGUCCUCCUCCAGUAAACUGACCCGAUCUCCAGUCAAAAUCAGCAAGAAUCCCAAGAACAUGCAGGUCAAGGUGACGCUUCUGGACGGCUCCGACUACACCUGCGUGGUGGAGAAACGUGAAAAAGGUCAGGUUCUGUUCGACAAAGUCUGCGAGCAUCUCAAUCUUCUGGAGAAAGAUUACUUCGGAAUCACAUUCCGUGAUGUGGAGAAUCAGAAGAACUGGCUGGAUCCUGCCAAAGACAUGAAGAAGCAGAUCAGAGGCGUCGCCUGGAAUUUCUCAUUCAAUGUGAAGUUUUACCCUCCGGAGCCGGCGCUGCUAUCUGAAGACAUCACCAGAUAUUUCCUGUGUUUACAGCUGCGGGAUGAUAUCAUAUCGGGACGCUUGCCAUGUUCGUUCGCCACACACACGGUUCUGGGUUCGUAUACGGUUCAGUCGGAGCUGGGCGAUUAUGACCCGGACGAGUACGGCUCCGAUUACAUCAGCGAGUUUCGUUUCGCGCCUCAUCAGACCAAAGAGAUGGAGGAGAAAAUCAUGGACCUGCACAAGAACUACAAAGGAAUGACGCCAGCCGAAGCUGAGAUGCAUUUUCUGGAGAAUGUAAAGAAACUGUCUAUGUAUGGAGUCGACCUUCAUCAUGCAAAGUUGAUAGGACGAUUCUUUCACUGCUUUUCUCCAGCUAAAGGAGAGGAUUCAGAGGCGGUGGAGAUCAUGUUGGGCGUGUGUUCCUCCGGACUCCUCAUCUACCGCGACAGACUUCGCAUCAACCGCUUCGCCUGGCCCAAAGUCCUCAAGAUCUCCUACAAACGCAAUAACUUCUACAUCAAGAUCCGUCCAGGCGAGUUUGAGCAGUUUGAAAGCACGAUAGGCUUUAAACUACCCAACCACAGAGCGGCCAAGAGACUGUGGAAGGUUUGUGUGGAGCAUCACACGUUCUUCAGGUUGGUUCUUCCAGAGACUCCACCUAAGAAGUUCCUCACACUGGGCUCUAAGUUCCGCUACAGCGGCAGAACUCAGGCUCAGACCAGACGGGCCAGUUCCCAGAUCGUCCGUCCGGCGCCAUACUUUGAGCGUUCGACCAGCAAGCGCUACACGAUGUCACGGAGUCUGGAUGGAGCUCAGCGGACGCCAGUCAACACAGCGACAGUCAAUGUAAAUGGCACUAGACCAACAGAGAUGGGUACGGCCUUGUACGGCGCUGCCAAAGGCAUUGCCAUGAGUGACCUCAUCACCACGGUAACCCCGGAGAAGAAAGUGGAGGAGACACACGAGGAGGAGCGUGAGGAGACUCAACCAGUGCUGGUGGAGAGUGUGGUGCUGCUGGAGGAAGAGGACGAGACAACGAAAGCCACGGAACCCUCGCUGCCGAGCCCACUGACACCGGCCCGACAGGACACACGGACUGAUCUCACAGACACUGCUGUCGAUGGAGAGUUAACGGCCACCGAGUCGGAUCAGGAGGACGAAUCUGAAGCAAAGACGCAGCCCAGUUUCAUAAGGCGAAUUAAAGGAGAGAAUGUGUUUGUGAGACACAGUAAGCUGAUGUUAGAGGAAAUGGAGCAAACGCCUGACGAGCUGCUGAAGCACCAGACCAACAUCAGCGAGCUGAAGCGGACGUUUCUGGAGGGAGGACCGGACCGGACGGCUCUGACCGAGUGGGAGAAGCGUAUGUCCUCAUCUCCGCUGCGAUCUCCGCGUCUGGACGAAGCGCCCAUGAUCGAGCCGCUGGAGCCGGACGAGAUCAAACAGGAAGCAGUGGUGGAAAUACAGGAAGUGGCCGCAGCGGCUCUGGAGCCGCAGGAAGAGAAGGUUGAUGUGCCUAAGCCCAGUUUUGAUGAGAUGUCUCCUGAGCUCACUGCGCUCUUGCAGUCCACUCGCAGCUGGGCUCCGUCUGCGUCUGCGUCUGCGUCUGCCGCUCCGAUUGCGUUACACAAGCCAUCAGAGAGUCCAGAGAGUCAUCCGGCUGAAGAAGAGGGUCAGCAGCCGCCGGCGGAGGGACUUCAGCCUCAGGUACCUGAGCCUCCAGAGGGCCCCGGGGAGCCUGCGGUGUAUUAUCAAGCGUGUGUUGCGUGUGUGGAGCCGCUGAGCUCAGUGCGAGCCCUCGACGAGUCUGAGUCCGAGUCUGAGGACGACUCCAGUGACUCCAGCAGUGUAAACUCAGCUAACUUCUCCGGGCCCCUCACACACACGGGCCCCACGAGGGCCGGUCCCCACAGCGACAGUGAGUCUGGAGGAGAGAGCUUCUCUCUGUCCACCGAUGAUGAUGAUGAUGAUGAUGAUGAUGAGCAGUCACCCAACAGGAGCCCGUCCGAGCAGAGGGGUGUGGCUGAGGGUCACAGUGGGGAGGUAGAACUGACCGCUGGUUUAGAGUCGUCCGUGGUGAGUUUCUCCAGGACUCUGUCAGGAGACACGGACACACAGGACACGUCUGUGAUCCACACGGAGAUGAAGACCAUCACAUACGAGUCCCUGCAGGGCGAGACGGAUGGAGACGCUGAUCCUGGCAUUCUGCUGAGCGCUCAGACCAUCACAUCAGAAACCACCAGCACCAGCACCACCACACACAUCACCAAGACGGUGAAGGGCGGCAUCUCAGAAACCCGGAUUGAGAAGAGAAUCGUGAUCUCAGGAGAUGCAGACAUCGAUCAUGACGAGGCUCUGGCUCAGGCCAUUAAAGAGGCUAAAGAACAACAUCCCGACAUGUCAGUGACCAAAGUGGUGGUGCAUAAAGAGACGGAGAUCACGCCGGAGGAGUGAUACAGGAUUAACAUCAUCUUUCUGGAGGAGCUCAUGUGUUCAUGCUGUGGAAAAUGAAGGAUGCUUCGGA